UUUUACAACAUUCGGCCAAAAAGAAGAACUGCAGGUCAUGUAAUGACUCACAGCUGGUUUCUCUCUCUGAAACCAAACCAAACUACACUCACAAUCACCUGCAUUGAAACGUCUGCGGUGGUUUGAGUUUAUGUCUAUGACAAACCUGAUAAAAUAAUGGAGGAAGAACUAAAUUAUGUAACAGUGACUUUCAAGACUAACGGUAUUCCUGCACAAGAGAAACCAAACGACCUAGAAAUAAUCUAUGAUGAGGUGAAGACUAAGGAGCAGGCAUGGGAUACAAAUCCUGUCAUACCAGAAAAUGAAAAGAAAGCUCCACUGUAUACUCUGCUUCAUCUGGUGGCAGCAGGUUUGGGGAUUAUUUGUAUCAUCUUGGUGUCAGUCGUCAUCGCCCUCAGUAUUCACUUCAACACAGUCAUGUCAGAGCAGUACAGAGAAAACAUCAACUUAACAGCAAAGAAUCUGCAGCUGUGGACAGAAAAGACUGACUUAGAGAGACAGACAGAAGACCUGACCAGAGAGAAAGACAGACUCAACUGGACCAUCGGAGUCAUCCUGGAACAUGAGAUCUUCCCAGUGAAUACCUACUGCCCACAGAAAGUGUGUAAACCUUGUCUGGACGGCUGGGUGCUGUUUCAGUCGAACUGUUAUCUGUUUUCGAAAUCUGAUUCCAAGUACGAUUGGAUGGGUUGGCAGGGAAGCCGUGAUAAAUGCAAAAAAAUGGAAGCAGAUCUGGUGGUGAUUGAAAGCCAGGAGGAACAGGAAUUCAUCAAUAACCACACACAAGACUAUAAUGAAAAGCAUGGCUACUGGAUUGGCUUGAGCAUCAGGGAUUCGAUGAGCACGUGGAUGUGGGCAGAUGGAAGCAAUUUCACUGUGAUGUACUGGGUUACACAACAAGCUGGCAACAGAGAAUUUUGUGCUCUAACUCUGCCACGUGCAGAUCCACUGGCCAACUGGCACAAAGCGAGCUGUGACAAGAGGAACCGCUGGAUCUGUGAAAGUAGAGCCUUGAUCAAACCGGAUGAGGAAUCGGCUGCAUUAUCCAAAUAGAUUAUUUAAUAUUUAAGAAAUCUAUCUACCUACUGAAGCAGUUUUUUGUGUGUGUCUGAAACUGAUAUAUGGUGUUUUUCCUUGUUUUUUAAAAACUAAAGAUGUAGGCACAUUUUCUUUUUGUUGUCUUUUUCUAAUUGAAUGCAAGUAUCCACUUCUACAAAUGUUGCAGAGUACAUCCUCACCUUUGAGUUAUAUGUAGCAUGCUUGAAUGUAUUGAAAAGAGAUAAGAAAGCAAACUGAAUAAAAAGUAAAUGCUAUAAUCUGUUUAUAUUCCUUGGACAUAUACACACAUUUAUAAUAUUCAGGGUUUUUUGACACAGUCAUAGAGUAGUUAAUUCAACUAUAUGUUUUAGCAUUGAUGUCAUAGUGUUGUUCUACCCCACUGCACUAUAUUGAGAGGUGUUUCUAAUACUGCCCCCCUCAUGUAUGUAAAUGGAAAGGACAAAACAUUAGAAACACCUCUCAAUAAUCCAGUACAACUUUAACUAUAACCUCAACAAUAAACAUAUAAUACAAUUUACACAUUUCCGAUAAUGUCACCAAAAACUGAACAUUAUAAACUUUGUAAAGGUAAAAUUUAGGGCAAUACACCAAUGUCAUCACAACAACGAUGACCUUUCACCAGACAUAGUGUUACAACUAGACUGCUCAUCAAUUAAGAAAUCCAACUGUGAGUUAAUCCGCCAAAGUUAAACACAACAGGUUAAAAGGUCAAGGUCAUUGGAUGACGCUUAAGUGUGUCAACUUCUUCUAUCACAAUACUGUGCACAUUUGUUUGCAACAGAAGCAGAUGUACUUCCCAGAACAGAUGAAACAGUCGUCUUGUAAUGUGUAAUCAGUGAUCACAAACACAUCACCUCAUUGAAUAUUCAGCAUGAUGUGUUAGGGGAAGUUGUACCUCUUGUUUGUUCUCCAUGAAGUAUGCUGUACAGUUUUAUUAAGUCACAUGUUUCAAUCAUCAGCACCAUUGUCUGUUAAAGCCUGCUCUCAUUCCCUGCACUGAAGCAAGCACAGCAAUGUAUGACUUUUAAGGAUGGAGGAAGAAAUCACUUAUUCUACAGUGGUUUUUAAAAAUGAUGGUCCAGCUCCAAAAG